ACUAGGCCAUGUGUGGCAUAGAGGAAAUGAAGAGUAUGUUAAAUGGAGAGUCACGUUCGGACUUCAAAAACAAAAUAUUUUCAAUACAUUUCCUAUAAGUGUCUCAGAACUUUUUUGUUUUGGGAGAUUAACCUGUGUUACGGUUACAACUUGGGAUUUCAUAAUCACAGCUAGUUGCAAUUCUGGCUUCAAUAUUCAUACCUUUUUUAGCACAUUAUUCAUCAGAAUUUUAUUCAUAGCCUUCAUCACUCAACAAUAUGGUUGACACAUCUGACAGAAAUGCGGUUGAUGAAAGAUCUGAAGAACAAAGGAAGAUAGACGAAUGGCUUCCCAUCAGUUCUGUUAGGAAUGCAAAAUGGUGGUAUUCAGCAUUCCACAAUGUUACUGCUAUGGUUGGUGCUGGUGUCCUCGGUCUUCCUUAUGCCAUGGCAGAACUCGGAUGGGGACCUGGUGUUGCACUUAUGUCUGUAUCUUGGGUUAUAACUUUAUACACUUUAUGGCAAAUGGUUGAGAUGCAUGAAAUGGUUCCAGGGAAACGUUUCGAUAGGUAUCACGAACUAGGGCAGCAUGUUUUUGGUAAAAAACUCGGCCUAUAUAUCGUGGUGCCUCAACAGCUGGUUGUUGAAGUUGGCCUCGACAUUGUCUAUAUGGUGACCGGAGGAAAAUCAUUCCAGAAGAUCCAUGAUUUAGUCUGCAAUGAAAAUUGCGUAGAUAUCAAACUCACCUACUACAUCAUGAUAUUUGCCUCUGUCCAUUUUGUGCUUUCUCAUCUUCCCAAUUUCAAUGCCAUAUCUGGUGUCUCUUUGAUAGCAGCUAUCAUGUCCUUAAGUUACUGUACAAUUGCUUGGGUGGCUUCAAUUGAAAAGGGUGCGCAACCAGAUGUCGAUUAUAGUUACAAGGCUGAAAACACAGGUGAAGCUAUUUUCAACUUUUUCAGUGGAUUGGGAGAAGUGGCAUUUGCAUAUGCGGGUCAUAAUGUGGUGUUGGAGAUACAAGCUACUAUCCCCUCAACACCCGAGAAGCCUUCGAAAGGACCUAUGUGGAAAGGAGUCUUUGUUGCUUACGUUAUUGUGGCUCUAUGUUACUUCCCUGUUGCUAUGAUCGGCUAUUAUAUAUUUGGGAAUUCAGUCUCAGACAACAUUCUGAUCUCUUUGAACAAACCUACUUGGCUCAUUGUCCUUGCUAAUCUCUUUGUUGUUAUCCACAUCAUUGGGAGCUAUCAGCUCUAUGCAAUGCCGGUGUUUGACAUGGUUGAGACAUACCUUGUAAAGAAUCUUAGGUUCAAGCCAACAUGGUACUUGAGAUUUUUUACCAGAAACCUUUAUGUGGCUUUCACAAUGCUUGUUGGAAUCAUUUUCCCUUUCUUUGGGGGGCUUCUUGGAUUCUUUGGAGGAUUUGCUUUUGCUCCAACAACAUAUUUUCUACCUUGUAUCAUGUGGCUUUCAAUCUACAAACCAAAGAAAUGGGGUCUCUCUUGGACUACUAACUGGAUUUGCAUAAUCCUGGGAGUCAUGUUGACUGUUUUAGCACCAAUCGGCGGCUUAAGAACCAUCAUUGUACAAUCCAAGGACUACACAUUUUUCUCUUAGGCGUCUUUCCAUACCUUAGUUUAAUCUUUUGUAUCAUUAAAGUCCAAGAAAAGAGUGGUAAUUCUGGCAAAUAUUCAAGUCUCAUUAUGUUUACAUUGAAUGGAAGUGUGUAAAAGAGACUUUCUGCCAACAUACUGCUUUCUUGUGUUUGGACUUCGAAACUACUUUUUGGACACACUCUUGUGUUUCUUCUAGAGCAAUGUAAUAAAUGUCAUUUUACUAUCAAAAGCCUUUUUAAAAUGGCAACUUUAAACGGGCAA